UUUGACCAGCACGCAGCAAACGGCAGCCAUUUCGAAAGCCUCGAACUAUCUCCGCACAACUAGAUACAGGCUAGUAUACGCCCGGACGAAUGCACAGUCAAGGAAAUUGAAAGGACUCCCAACAACAGAUGAGCCCGCUCCCGAACCGCCGACAUGGCAGGCUGUCCACGAGUUCUCCGCAGAGCCUGCAUCAGAUGUCAGAGACAGGGUGAAGGCCAAUCCGAGUGAGGUGCUGAAGAAAGCGAGGCAAAACGAACUGCACGUCUACAAGCUUGAGAUAGCACACGGAGACAAGAAAUUCUUCGAUCUCACUUCAUUAUGUUCAUUUGUAUCCGGGACAUCUUUCGUGUGUUUCAUGACAUCUUUCGAUUGUGACCAUCUGAAAUUCCCUUUCAGUCAGCACCUACAGAUCUCCAUCCCUGCGUACAUUCGAUCUAGGGAACCUCACUCGGUGACAUGUGGCAAUCCCAGAUUUGGAAAUACACACCCGCCACACACACAAACCCCCAAAUUCUCCAAAGCGCCCUAUCGUAAAAGCGGCUGUCAAAGCAGCCCCUCAGCCCACAACUCAACUCCGGGGAACUGGGGACGCGUCUGGGGAAGGGAAAAGCAAGGUGAAGGGAUGCAAGCAUCUCAGCCUAGUUUCCUCUAUCAAAACACCGCAUCUAGACACCACCUGACUAAACCUCAAUACCCCACAAUCACAUUGCGCUGCCGCGGCAUCUGUGUAUUAGAGGCAGCUUCUUUUGAUCUUGCAAUCCAGCAAUUAUGCCUUCAGUUAGUCAAAUUCCACCAGCACGCCUCGCAAUUGCCUUCGUUGACGCCGAGCUCGAUUCCUAGACAACUCACAACCACGUCUUCAACCACGUCGCCAUCUCCGUCCCAGACUGCGACGCAGCAGUCGAGUGGUACGGGAAGGUAUUCGGCUUCAAGAGGAUCCGGUAAGAACAAUCCUCUAAUCCCUCUCCAAUUGCUGUUCUAUUCCCGUUGCCCCAGCUCGAACGCGCCCAUCUAUAAGAUCUACGACUGCAAAAUGCAUAAAGUGAAAAUUGCAUGGCUGGGAACCGGCAACAGCGUCGGCUUCGAAGUCUUUGAAUUCAUUGAUCCACCACACCAACCCGUUCCAGACUUCGAGUACAACCGCUCUGGAUUCUUUCACAUUGCUGUGACGGCGCCGGAUGUUGAGAUUGCGUGUAAGAGAGCGGUGGAGGCUGGUGGUAAGCAGGUUGGGGAAACGGUGGAUAUGGGGGGAGGGGAGAGGGCGCUUUAUUUAAGUGAUCCUUGGGGGAACGUGCAUUUUGGGAUCGUAUAUAAUUGCAUGGCUUCCCAAAUACCCAACUCAAACAUGUUCAAAAAUGAGAAAAUGUUCAAAAAUGGGAAAAUUGUUAGCGACGGCCGCAAAGUGAUGGUGAGUAGGUUGAUGCGAUGA